AUGAUCCCGCUAAUCCCGCGAUCCUUUCUGCGCGUACGAACGCUUUUAGCAGCCUUGAUACUUGCUAUUUUCCUCACUUGGGCAAUCUUGAGACAGUCCAAAGCCUACAUCCCAAAUCCCAGCGAUCCUUCGUCUCCGCAGGCCAUCUCCACAGACCUGACACCCUCACAUCAAAAAUUCUGGCGGGAAUUCCACGCCCUGUUAGAGAAAUAUGCGCCGGACACAGAGCCUAUCAUUGAAUAUGAGAAGGCAUCGACAGAAGGGUUCAACGCUCACAAUGCACCACCGCGUCCAGAUACUCUCUAUGUUCCGGAGGAAGACAUCACAUCCAUGAAAGAAGCGCAUACUGGGUUCGUCAAUGCAAUCACCGACUCCUCGCCCAAGCUUCCCUACAUCCCCGGCACAAAAGGCAUAGUCUCAACAGCGGGGGGAUUCUACCUCCCAGUGCUAGUGAUAUCCCUCCGCAUGCUCCGCCGAACUGGCUCCACGCUCCCGAUGGAGGUCUUCCUCUCUGACGAAGACGAGUACGAAAAAUACAUAUGCGAUGAAGUCCUACCAUCACUAAACGCGCGGUGCAUAGUUCUCUCCCGCAUCCUCAUCGCCGCCCCAGCCCGAAUUCAGAAAUACCAGUUCAAGCCCUUCGCAAUGCUCUUCUCGUCUUUCGAAGAAAUCCUCUUCCUAGACGCAGACGCCUUCCCCCUCGAGAAACCGGAGCAUCUCUUCACUGCAGAGCCCUUCCUUUCAAAAGGCAUGGUCACCUGGCCCGAUUUCUGGGCCUCCUCUGUCUCCCAGGUCUUCUAUGACAUCGCAAACUACCCACCCCCACCAAUGGACCUGCGCCAAUCAACAGAAUCAGGCGAAGUCCUUCUCUCAAAAAGAUCACAUCUCAACUCUCUCCUCCUAACCACCUACUACAAUUAUCACGGCCCCUCACACUAUUACCCGCUCCUCUCACAAGGCGCCGCCGGCGAAGGCGAUAAGGAGACUUUCGUCGCAGCCGCAACCGCCAUGCGCGAAUCAUUCUACCAAGUCAGCGAGUCUAUCUGUGCUCUCGGCCACCAAACUACCAACGGCGGUAUAGCCGGCUCCGCAAUGGCGCAGUUCGAUCCCGUACAGGACUUCGCCCUGACUAGUCGCGAGGUAUGGCGCAUCAAAGGCGAUGACGCCCCGGCUCCAGAUGUUUUCUUCAUCCACGCCAACUUUCCCAAGUUCAACCCCGCCACCAUAUUCGAGCCCCACGAGGUUAAUCCCACGUUUACAGAUGAGGGCACCUAUACACGGGCCUGGACACUGCCGGUGAAUGUUGUACAGGGGCUCAAUAGCAGGAUUGAUGUCGAGAAGGGAUUUUGGCAGGAAAUUCUUUGGACGGCUUGUGAGCUUGAGGAUAAGUUUCAGAGUUGGACUGCGUAUGAGGGGAUUUGUGAUAGUGUGAGGGAUUAUUGGCACACUGUCUUUCGGGAGGAUUGA